AUGAGGGAUCGGCACUAACGCUCAUCGACAACAAGGUCUUUAAGCAACUCGGCUUAAAAGGCGUUCCAGAUCCACUGUGCCUAAAAUGGACCAACGAUACAACACGCGAAGAAAAUGCAUCGGAACGUGUCACGCUUACGGUUGCCAAUCCACAUAAUGGCAAUCAAUUCUACUUGGAAGAGGUUCACAAGAAGGUCCGGCUUGUAUGGGACGCAGCCGCCCAAUCCGGCGGCAAGGCCCUGAAUGACUACAUCUGGAGUGGUCCAGAUCUCCUAAACUCCCUGUUUGACCUCUUACUCUCAUUCCGAGUGGGACGAGUGGCGAUCUGUGGCGAUAUCGCCGAGAUGUUCCACCAGAUCCGAUACCCUCAAGCAGCACAAGCCAUGAAGGACUACCACUACGUGGAUGAUUUUAUAUACAGCGGCGACAACUACGUGGAAGUGGGAAACAUCGCAACUCAAGUCAGAGACAUCCAUGCAGCAGGUGGUUUCCACAUACGCAAUUGGUCUUCGAACUCAAAGGAGGUCCUACGAAUACUAAAGAGCGAUUCGCUACUCCCCGAAGCUGUCGAAAUUACCGCAACAGAAAAGGUACUCGGCUUAUAUUGGAUGCCGAACUCCGACGUAUUCACAUUCAUCUGCAAGUUCGCCAGGCUGAAGCGUAACGUUUUAGACAGCGACAAAACACCAACCAAACGCGAGCUCUUGCAAGUACUUAUGUCAAUGUACGACCCACUCGGCUUCAUCUCAUGCUUUACAAUAGAGCUGAAAAUCCUACUGCAAGAAGUCUGGAGAAGCGGCAUUGGCUGGGAUACUGGUUUGCCCGACGCAUUGUUACCCAAAUGGAUACGAUGGAAACGGAUCCUUACAACAAUCGCCGGAUUGACCAUCCCGAAAUGUUAUUUCAACAGCAGCGAUCAAAUCCAUGAUGUCCAGUUACACACGUUCGUUGACGCCAGCGAAUUGGCAUACGCAGCAGUCUGCUACCUUCGGAUACGCCAGGGGGAAAGAACCUACCUCAGCUUCGUGGCCUCCAAGGCGAAAGUGGCACCGUUGAGUCCACUAUCUAUACCAAGGAUGGAACUGCAGGCCGCAGUUAUCGGAGCAAAGAUGAGUAACCGAAUCCAACGCAAUCCAAGUUUGUCAAUUAACUCGAGUUGUUAUUGGUCCAACUCAAAGACUGUUCUCAAAUGGCUUCGUAUGGAUCCACGAAAGUUUCAGCAAUUCGUCAUGCACCGCGUGGGCGAAAUACUGGAAUUCACAAACGUUAGCCAAUGGAACUGGGUUCCAACCAACCUUAUCCCUGCAGAUCUUGCUACUAAAACAAACAACGCCAAUAAAUAUAAAACUUGGCUACACGGUCCAGACUAUUUGCUGCAGGAUCAACACGAGUGGCCAAAAUGCGAUGAUUUGGGGCCACCAAACAAUGCUGAAGUCAGGCAUAACAUACUCUUCAUCGACAAUUCGCCGAUGGAGCUAAAACUUAACGCGGAAAAUUUUUCCGACUGGCGCAGGCUAUAUCGAGCUUUAGCGCGCUUUAUUCUCUACAUUGAGAAACUGAAAGCGAAACAAAAGAAGGCAUCGCCACCUACAGAGGUGUCUUACGAGAUGAUUCAGCAGGCACGCACACUCCUACUGCGGCAUGCGCAGUCAUCUGAAUUCAACCCAGAAAUUCGCAACUUAACGAGAGAUGAAAACCAGCUCCUACGUACCCGAGGGCGAGCAGAAAACCUAAACGGCCAAACCAAAUACUGCUCCCAUAUGGACACCACAUUACUCGGCUCAUAG